AUGGGUUUGCCCAAGAGCUUCCUCAGUUUUGUCCUCCCUAUAUUUUUGCUAUUCCUUUCAGUUUCACCCACUGAGCUUAAGCAAACUUACAUCAUUCAAAUGAAACACCAAGACAAACCUUUCCAUUACGCCACACACCACGACUGGUACUCCGCUCACUUCCAAUCCCUCUCUGGCUCCGAUUCCUCUCUCCUUUACACUUACAUCGACGCAUUCAAUGGCUUCGCUGCCAAACUUGACUCGGACCAAGCCGAAUCACUCCGCCGAUCCGACGUAGUCCUCGGUGUUUACAAAGAUAUCCUCUAUCCCCUCCAUACCACUCGCACCCCCCAGUUCCUUGGCCUCAACACCGAAUCCAGCCAGUACACUCAUUUCCUCGAACAAGCGUCUCACGACGUUAUUAUCGGUUUUUUAGAUACUGGUAUCUGGCCAGAGUCUAAAAGCUUCGACGAUUCGGGUCUACCAGAGAUCCCGAGCCGCUGGCGAGGCGAGUGCAAACCCGGACCCGAUUUCAGUUCCACGGUUUGUAACAAAAAACUCAUCGGCGCACGAAGCUUCUCCAAAGGUUAUCAGAUGGUCUACACCGGUGGACGACUCUUGAAGGAGGCCGUGUCACCUCGCGACCAAGACGGUCAUGGGACGCACACUGCAAGCACUGCAGCCGGGUCUCCAGUGACUAACGCCAGUCUCUUCGGUUACGCGAUUGGUACAGCGCGUGGGAUGGCCACUCACGCGCGCGUUGCAAUGUAUAAAGUAUGUUGGAACAAUAUGUGCUGUGGAUCUGAUAUUCUUGCGGGUUUGGAUUGGGCUAUAAACGAUGGUGUUGAUAUUCUUUCACUCUCGAUCGGUGGUGGGCCAGCUCCGUAUUUCCAAGAUCCCAUUGCAAUUGGAGCCUUUACGGCGGUUGAAAGGGGCAUUUUUGUUUCUUGCUCAGCCGGGAACAGUGGGCCCAUACCGGCCACCGUAAUCAAUGCGGCUCCGUGGAUAAUGACAGUUGGAGCGGGGACUUUAGACCGAGAUUUCCCUGCUUUUGUUUCACUCGGGAACAAAAGACGAUUCGCCGGUGCGUCUCUAUAUAGUGGACAAGGAAUGGGGAAUAAACCAGUUGGUUUGGUUUAUGAGAAUGGUAGAAACAAAUGGAGUAGCUUGUGUUUACCUGAUUCACUGGAACCGGAUUUGGUCCGUGGGAAAGUGGUUGUGUGCGAUAGAGGGGUGAUCUCAUGUGAGGAGAAAGGAGAGGUUGUACGCGACGCGGGUGGAGUUGGGAUGAUACUCACGAACAUGGCCGCAAACGGUGAGGAAUUGGUGGCUAACAGUCACUUAUUACCAACUGUAGCGGUGGGGUGCACAGCAGGGGAUUUGAUCAAGAAGUAUUUGAGGUCUGAUCCUAGUCUGACGGCUCUGCUGACUUUUGGUGGGACCGUGUUAAAUGUGCGGCCUUCACCCAAGGUCGCAGCGUUUAGUUCAAGAGGGCCCAACAUGGUGACCCCAUAUAUCUUGAAGCCGGAUGUGAUUGGGCCUGGGGUUAAUAUCUUGGCUGCUUGGUCUGAGGUUGUUGGGCCUACUGGAUUGGACACAGACACUAAGAAGACCCCAUUCAAUAUUGUCUCAGGUACAUCAAUGUCUUGCCCGCAUAUAAGUGGAUUGGCAGCACUUUUAAAAGUAGCUCAUCCACAAUGGAGUCCAAGCGCAAUCAAAUCUGCCCUAAUGACUACUGCCUACACUCAAGACAACACCAAAUCCCCUCUUCGAGAUGCUGCAAGUGGAGCACUUUCCAACCCAUGGGCUCAUGGAGCCGGUCAUGUAGAUCCACAUAAAGCCCUCUCUCCAGGCCUUAUAUACGAUAUCUCAACUGAGGAUUACAUCCCCUUCUUGUGCUCCUUGGACUACACAGUUGAUCAAGUCCAAACCAUUGUCAAACGCUCCAAUGUUACGUGCUUUAGAAAAUUUUCCAACCCUGGUGAACUCAAUUACCCAUCAUUCUCUGUCUUGUUUGAAAACAAUGGGAUUGUUCGAUAUACACGGGUGUUGACGAAUGUCGGUGCUGCUGGAUCUGUCUAUCAUGUGACUAUUGAUGUGCCAACAUCGGUGGCUGUGACAGUAAAGCCUACAAGGCUUGUUUUUGGAAAAGUAGGGGACAAACAGAGUUACACUGUUACAUUUGUGGCCAAGGGAGAUGAAUCCAAAGCGGCUAAGUCUGAAUUUGGAUCAAUUGUUUGGAGCAACGCCCGACACCAAGUUAAGAGCCCAGUUGCUUUUGAAUGGACAAUUGUGAGAUCAAAGUCUAAGCUGUUCCCGAGUUUUUUUCUUCUUUGGGUUCCACCAAUACUUUUGGUUUUGGUUUUGGUCUAUUUUAGGUAUCUGCCCUUGCUGCAAACUAUUGCCUCUUCCCUUUGCUGCAUGAUGAAAGAAGUGACAUUAAGUGUGAACUAUUACCUUUUCUCUUUGCUCCAAAAUGAAAGAAGUGACAUCAGCUGUGAAAUCGCUUAG